AUGCCCUAUCAAAGACUGGUUGCUAAAGCCCUUCUGAGGCAUGAAGCCGUUAUCUCGCCUAGACAGGCACUGACUGCAUCUUCAUCCACUACUGCUGCAUCACAGGAGAAUGAGUCCAGUGAUGAAUCUUCAGACUCCUCAGAAUCUUCAGAUUCAUCAGAAUCUGAACCAAGAGCAAAGAGGAAGAAAAAGGAUAAAAAGCGAAAAAACAAGAAGAAAUCCAAGAAACUGAAGUUUGAUUUUAGGAGAGUAAGAACCCCUGAAGACUCCAUCAAACGCUACCACAAAGUGUUACAACUGGUAAAUGGUGGUUUAAGUAAAGCUGAAGCCUACAACAAAAUGAAUGUUGACAGAAAUACGAUUGUGAUGCAAGCACCCAUUGCUGAGUUGGCAAUUGCAAAUCCUGAGGAGUACAAAGCUAUGAGAGCAACCUUUAAAAAGGGAGAAAGCAUCCAAAAAUUUGCUGGUAGCUGUCUUGCACGGUGCCUUGCUCAGCCUAAUGUAGACAUGAUAAAAAAAUUGAAAGAGAGCAGUGCCAUUCUUGACAUCUCAAAGAAGUGAGGUAUAUAUUGUUGCCUAAAGGGAUGGUUCACCCAAAAAUGAAAAAUGUCAUUUACUCGCACUCAAGUAGUUCCAAACCUGUAGGAGUUUCUUUCCCCUUCUGUACACAAAGGAAACUAUUUGGAAGAAUGUUUGCAACCAAGCAGAUCUUGGGCAACACUUACUGCCGUAGUAGGAAAAUAAAACUAUGAUCGUAAAUGGGGGACGAGAUCUGCUUGGUUGCAAACAUUCUUCCAAAUAGUUUCCUUUGUGUACAGAAGGGGAAAG